GUGAGUCUGUGAGACAUACUCUUGUCCCAAAUACCGUUUUACUUGGCAUAUCUUCAUUUUGUCAUUGUAGGAAUAUCCUGUUACCACCAUGAAGCCUUGUUGAAAAUUCUCUCAUUGUUAAUGCAUUUAGUCAGAAUGGCCUUUCCCAUCUUCACCUUGGUAAUAGGUGUACUUAUCCAAAUGUAAUAAGGUAUUAAUACACAGCUAUGCUUCAUUGAGAGACAAUGCAAAUUUUCAUCUGUUUAAUCCAAAGAUGGCAUUUGUAAGCAAUGACUUUUUGUUCUACACAUGGGCUUGGUAUUUUUUUAUGUUUUAUCCUCAAGUCCUGUUUGAUUAUAAGAUGCAUUUUUACUCUUUAUCUGUGCACGUUUAGCAAUAUCAUGUAUUGCUGCAGAACUUUCAUUUGUCACUAAUAUACAGACUUUCUACAUUAUAACCUUUGUAUGACUAUGCUCAUUUCUUGGAGGUCAUGGUGCCUGUUUACUACCACCUUAGAAAAUUUCAUUCUUAUGAUUUUACAUAUUUAACAUUACAUAUACCUUCAUAUUAACCAACCUGAACAGUAUAACUCCCAUAUUCUGGGGACCUAAAUUCACCUCAUAUUACAAUGUAUUGUUUAAUAUGUAUCAACCAAACAGCUUUAUAUUAAACAAUACUGGUUCAUGGUUUUUGUGUCUAUUAAUUAUACUAUUGAUACCUCUAUUGGAGAUGAUGAACUUUGUUUUUUGCACGAUCUUUAUAGCUCUACCAUAGCAUUAGUUUGCAUCAGAAAGGACUAUAAUGUAGCUCUUCAAAAACAAGUUGUCUUUAGUGACAUUUGAAUACUCUCAAUCCUUGCUUCAAAGCAGAUAUGGCUCAGUGCAAGAACAUAUAGCACUCACUAUAUUAUAGUAGCUUCUGGCAACAGAUAGUUUCAAAUCUAUGGAAGUGUUUUCAAUCUUCUGUAAAAAGCUACAGACAUGACCAAAACAUAAGGAUGAUCCCAAUUUCUAGCAAUGAUAACUAGAAAAAGUCACUGACCCUUCCAAGGAGUUGAGUGCUGCAUCACAGUUUCAUAUAGACUCUCUCCAUGGGUAUUAGUAAGUAGUUUUCAUCCAUUUUCCACACAUGUCCAACUACUGUAUGUAUCUUUUUCACCAGAGACUUACUUUUAUUGUCUUAAAAUCCUACAGGGUGUGUAUUACUCUGUCUUAGAUGUCAAGUUAUACAAUUCUAUUCAUGUACAAAUGCCAUGUCCUUAAGUUUUGUCUUCACUGAAUCAAUGAGAUGUAAUGUUUGAAUUAAAGCAAUCUUUUUUAUAAAAAAAAAGAAAAGCAAAAUGAUAUAUUCAAAAGGGAACAUCAAGACAUAGCCUGAUGUGUGUAAGAUUUGCAGAACAUCAUGACCUCCAAGUGUGGAAUGACCAGAUGUUCUUUUUAUUUUGAUACUGGUUCAGGUGGUUUUUUUUAAAAAAAUCAGGAAAUGUUUUCAAUCUGAGUAGGCAACCAAAAAGAAGUUUUUUGAGGACAUAAAACAAAAAAAUAUUUAUUUACUUCUAAUUAGGGCAUGUCUUUAAAGUUUCAGCCUUCUAAGACCCAUCCUUCUAAGAGCCCAAUGACAAUGCAUUUUAAUGAUGUUUUAGAGAGUAGUCCACUGUUAUCACUCUCCCCAUUCAAAACCCUGAUUAAAUUCUACAUUUGAUUAUUUUUAUUGUGUGUCUAUGUCAUUAUAGUGAUCAAAUCUCAAAAAGUAUGAGCAAUAAAAGCAGUUUUUAAAUAUUAUAAUAUUCUUUUCAGGGCCAUCUUAUUUCAGUCAUUUGCACUUUGCUUCUAAUCCCAUUUUAAGACCUUAAUUUUGUCAGUAUAGUUUUAUCUUUCAUUUAACAGUCUGUAUGUAUGUUAAAAUGUCUGAUAGUAAUGACUCUUCUCUCAUAUUUUCUGAGUUGAUGGAAAAUCCCCAUCCUAUGGAACAGAGAUUUUCUAUUUUCAAUGUUUAUAUGGGAAAUUGUCCACAAGCAUUUGGUUUUAAUUUUUACAAAGUCUCCAGGCAGAUUUCGGCAGAUGGGUCUGCAAAUGGAACACUUGUGCUGUUAUAUAGAAAAGGAGGAAGAAUUUUUAAGUUACAUUGUCACUGGAGAUAAAACUUAGAUUUUAUCUCUAGUGAUAAUGGAAGUUCAUCAAUUCCAACCCGAAACCAAGAAAAUAUGCUUUGUCAAUAGGAAGUUCAAGAUGUCAACAAAUGCUGGAUGAUUGUCUUUUGAGAACUUCAUGUGGUGUUCUCACCAAAGAGGAUAACAGUUGCUUGUUCAAAGAAGGCUAGGCCUUGUUGUGGUUCUGCAUAACAAUGCAUGCUUGAACACUACCAAAGACACAGUUGUUGCAUUGCUGCAGAAGUGGAAGUGAGAGGCUUUGGCCCAGACUUUCACCUUUUCCCACAAAUCAAGAAGCAUCUCCAAAGAAAAUGUUAUAGGUCAGGUAAUAAUAUUUAAGUCAAAAUCUAGAAAUAGCUAUACUAGUCAUCAGAACACUGAGAUAGAUGCCUCUGCAAAAAUGGAGACCAAUUGUACGACUUUAAUGUCAAUGAUAAAAAUAAAUUAUGUAACUAAAUUAAGAAAUAAAGUUUAGUUUUUGAUAUAUAUUUAUCCCUUAACUUUCCCAAUUCUCAUGUAAUUCAUGGUGUUUAAUUUUAAACAUAAAUAAUAAAUAUGUAAUGUAAUUUGGAGCUUUCUUUUUAUAAACUGAAAAACUUAAAUAUCAGUUACUCGGUGUACCACCAGUGCAAGAAAAAAAGUGUAUGACAUAAUCUGCUUUAGUUUAAUUCUCACAUAGACUUAAGAAACCAAAAGACAAAAUCAUGCCAUAUGACCAAAUUAUUCUCUAUACAUCUUGCACAAAUUCCUUUGAGAAAAACAGCACAGACAUUGUCUGAUCAUCAUGGCUGUUUGUUGAAUUACCACCAAGAUUCAUCUCGUGUCAUGCACAUUUGUAGCUGUUCUACAAAAAAUACAAAAAUAUAUCUUUAAUGCAUUAAAAGUCUAUUGGAUUAUUUUAACAGAUAGACAGUGUAAAAGUUGUGUUUUAAAGAAUCUAUGUAAAUAUACAGGGUGUUUCAAAACUAUAUGUUAGAAAUGUAAAGGCAGAUAGAAGGGACCUAAAUAAGCAGAUGUCAUAUAGGAAUGUGGGUGCAGAAAUUUCACAAGAGGGCACUGUUGAGUUUGGUGGAUGAAAGUACUUUGCUGGCUUGAAUCAUCAUUUCCCGCACAGAUUUUGAGCAACAUGCAUUGUUACACCAAUGCAGAGCUUGCUGACAUGUAUGGGGUUUCACAAGGAAAUGGAGCGGCUGCUCAAAGGAUGUAUAUGGAGCAAUUUAUGGGUAGGAAUCUGCCGGAUCGCUGAACAUUCGAGCAUCUUCAUUGGGAGUUGUGUGCAAGUGGAUCAGCUUAUGCUUCCUGGCGUGAUAUGGGCACCGGAAGCAGCAGUAUUAUGCAGAGUAUAGUCCUACGACAAGCUCAAGAACUGUUGGGUGUGAGCCAUGCAACUGUUUGGAGGACUUUACAUGAAGACAGGAUGCACCUGUAUCAUUUGCAGAGAGUGCAAGUACUGACCCCUGCCGAUUAUCCUCUGCAUGUCAACUUUGCCCACUGUUACCUACAGCAGGCUGCAGCCAAUGCCACCUUCCCUGCAGAUAUUUUAUUCACUGAUGAGGCUACCCAUAACUCUCACCUUUGGGCAAAUGAUAACCCACAUGGCUACCAAGAAAGGUUUUCCAUUAAUGUUUGGGCAGGCAUUGUGUACAACAACUUAGUAGGACCAUACAUUCUACCUAGUCGUUUAACCAGCCACACAUACGGCAUCUUCCUACAAGAGGUCUUACCUGAACUUCUGGUCUGUCUUCCUCCAGCUGUUCGCACUCGAAUGUGGUUCCAGCACAACGGAGUCCUAGCUCACUCCAGUAGGAAUAUCAGGAAUCACCUGGACACUGUCUAUGGCCAGCAUUGGAUAGGAUGGGGCAGACCUGUUCCUUGGCCACCGCACUCCCCAGAUUUGACAUGCUUGGUUUUCUUCUUUUGGGGUCACAUUAAGAGCACUGUGUACAAUAGUCCCAUAACAUCUGAAGAUGAUCUGGUUGCCAGACUGUCUGUUGCUGCUGGAAAUGUGCGUGACAUGCCCGACGUUUUUUACUAAUGUACGCCAAUCCAUGUGCCGCCACUGUGAACCUUGUAUCGCUGUUGGUGGUCGCUCUUUUGAGCAGUUAUUGUAAACCACUUGAUAAAUAAAUUGUUGCUUUCCUUUGUCUUUAUUUGUUUUUUCACUUAUCUGUUGUUAGUACUGCCUUACAUGCUAGCUCUUCAACACUGCAUUUCUGCAUCCACAUUCCUAUACGAAAUCUGCUUAUUUAGGUCCCUUCUACCUGCCUUUACAUUUCUGACAUUUAGUUUUGAAACAUCCUGUAUAUUAAGCUAAUCAAACCAAAAUUAUUUAUUAUAAUCAAACAAGUGCCGAUUGUCAUUUUAUAAUUUAGCUUGCAUCAGAAAUGGAUAUUUCAAUGCAAAUGUCUGCUGUGAACGUCAUUCCAAAUUGUUGAAAACUAUAGAAUAUUUCUUUUAUAUACCAGGACAUAAUAUCAAUGUUGAAUAUUUUGUAGACAGAUAAAAAGAACAAGUUUAAAACUGACUUGCUGGAGGGCUCAACAACAGUCCAUAGUUAAUAAAAUCAACAUAUGAAAAUCAAUACAAGAAUAUUUUUUAAAUGUGAAAUAUAUAUCUUAUUUAAAUACAAUACUAUUAAAAUAUUAGCUGCAUUAUCAAAUACUAAAAGUCAGAAAUUCUGUUCAAUAGCUUUAAGAAAAUCUAAACUUUAACUGAUUUUACUAUAAUUAUACU